AUGUCCAGAAACUACAGGCUGCUGGUGGAAAACGCCAAGCAGGUGGUUUUGAUCUGUAACAAUGGAGAGAAGUUCCUGACCAAAAUGGGCAUGCAAAACCUUUGCAUCAUCGAAAAUGGAAGCGUGGUCAUCGGAACAGACGGGCUCAUUAAAGCUGUAGGGCCGGCAGAAACUAUCAGAGCUCAGUAUUCGGAGUCUUCCUUUGAACGAGUGAUCGACGCCACGGGGAUGUGCGUCCUGCCUGGAUUGGUUGACGCUCACACUCAUCCAGUCUGGGCCGGGGACAGGGUGCAUGAAUUCGCUAUGAAGCUGGCGGGCGCCACCUACAUGGAGGUCCACCGGGCCGGCGGCGGCAUCCACUUCACGGUGGAGCACACCCGGGAGGCCGGCGCCGCGGCCCUGCUGACCUCACUGAGCGGCCGGCUGGCCAGGAUGCAGCGGGCGGGCACCACGCUGGUGGAGUGCAAGAGCGGCUACGGGCUGGAGCUGCAGACGGAGCUCAAGAUGCUGCAGGUGAUCCAGGAGGCCGGACGCUCGCUGCCCAUCGCCAUCUCCUCCACCUACUGCGGAGCCCACGCCGUCCCAAAGGGGAAGACGGUGGCGGAGGCCACAGAGGACAUCCUGCGUGUCCAGCUGCCCCGGCUGAAGGAGCUGAUGUCCGGCGGGAGGCUCAGGGUGGACAACAUCGACGUGUUUUGCGAGCGGGGGGUGUUCGACCUGGGCUCCACUCGAGCCAUCCUGCAGGCCGGCAAAGACAUGGGCCUCAACAUCAACUUCCACGGAGAUGAGCUCCAUCCCAUGAAUUCUGCUCAGCUGGGGGCCGAGCUCGGAGCGUUGGCCAUCAGCCACCUGGAGGAGGUCACGGACGAAGGGAUCACCGCCAUGGCCGAAGCAAAGACAGCCGCCGUCCUCCUGCCGACUACAGCUUACAUUCUCCGGCUGCCCCAGCCUCGGGCCAGAGACAUGCUGGAGGCCGGCGUGAUCGUGGCCCUCGGCAGCGACUUCAACCCCAACGCCUACUGCUGCUCCAUGCCCAUCGUCAUGCACCUGGCCUGCGUCAAUAUGAGGAUGUCCAUGCCGGAGGCCCUGGCCGCCGCUACCAUCAACGCGGCCUUCGCUCUGGGCCGCUCGCACACGCACGGCUCCCUGGAGGUCAACAAGCAGGGCGACCUGCUGGUGCUCAACGCCGCUCGAUGGGAGCACCUGAUUUACCAGCUGGGCGGCCACCAGGAGAUCAUCCGAUACGUCAUCAUCAGAGGCAACGUCGUCCACGACAACGACAAAACUUUGGGUUUGUAA